AUGUACUUUCCCGAAAUUGCUGUCACUUUGCAGACGACUUCUGCAGGACUCCUGCCCGCCUGGGAACUUUUGUCGCUUCAGGCCAUAUCAACAGUCUUUCAGAUCGAAAUCGUGCACGCAGGAGGCUUGGCGUUGACGGCGUACCAGGCCGUGAGCUGGGUCGGCCGAGUCCUUCUGACUGUCCUCGACAACCUUUGCAGUGUUUGGUGCUGCGCUCUGCAGGGGAGGAAGCGCUUCGGUGCUCCCCUCGGUGGGCGGACGCGCCGCGCUCCGGCGCUCCCCCACGGGCCGGAGAAGCGUUCGCGCCACAAGGGUGGCAAAGGAAAGCCCGGCAAGGGCAAGGCCAAGAAAGGCCGAUCGAAGGGCCAGUCGGCCCGGAAGGAGGAGAAGGACCGCCCUGCUGGUGAGCCGGACCAGCAGCUUGUGGCAAAGGCAAAGAAGAGGCCGAACAAGAGCCAGAGGAGAGGAAGACGAUCGAACAAAGCACUGCUGAAGAGAGCCGAGCAGGGCUUUGAGAAAGACUCCGAGGAGCUGGUGAGGAGGACAGCGGCUGCCAAGCCAAAGCCUACGAGGAGGCACCGGCUGAGGAUCACUCCAAGAGUGGAGCAGUUCAAGGAGCAGUGGGCUUCUCUUUCCUUCAGGGAGAGAGUGGCGGCCCAGAGGGAACUCAGGGAGAGCGGUCUGUUGCCCCCUGGGUCGGUCGGCGAGCAUAUCCUGAAGCCCUUCCAGGAUCCCUGCUCGACCUGUGACGAGCGGCAGAAGGCUCAGAAGCCUCACGUGCUGCAGGCGGAGCCUCUUUAUAAAGAGGACGACGCAGACGACGAGGAGGAAGAGCCGGAGGAGCUUCGGGGGCAGCUCCAGCAGUCUGCUGAGCUGACCCAGGCACUGCAGGCGCAGCUGGGAGAUCCAGCAGCCUUCAACGACUGGAUCUUCAUCCUCCGGUCGUACCUCUCUGCUAUGGAUCAAAGGUACCAAGCCCUUCUGCAGCGUGCGGAAAUUUCAGCCACCGGGCUGUGGAAUAGAACGCUGGAUGCAACGGAGAAAGGCCUUUGCACGCAACUAUACUUUUUACUUGUGAUGCUUUGUCGCGACCGUGCGCUUGACAAGUUGCACAAUGCUGGGGCAAGCGGAAGGCCUAGAGGCCUAGAAGCCCUCCGCCAACUUUAUAUGGAAUAUAACCCCAAGCUGUCGUCGCGCUAUGUGGGCCUGCUCUUGGAGAUUCUUCGGUACCGCUUUGAAGGCGACCUCGUGUCCUGUGUGGAGGCCUUCGAGAGUAAGGUAAGGGAGUACGAGAAGCAGAGUGGCAAGGAGGUGGAGGAUGACACCAUCAUCGGCAUUGUCAUCCUUGGUAUGGCGGAUGCUGCGGUGAAGGAGCACCUGGUCCGGCACGCGAGCAGGCUGGACACAUGGGGAAAGAUGCUCUGGAGAGAUCCUGGAGAUAGCCAGGACACAGCAGGGCGAUUGGAGGGCAACGUGCCCAAGGCAAAAGGCGUGUGUAUCACGGCCGAGCGGCUGAUCAAGUACGGCCGGACCAAGGGCUGCGACGCUCCUCGGCAGUGGGAGAGAACGUUCUCGUCCCAGCGACCUCCCAAGAAGGAUCACGGGCCUGGAUGGCAGCCGGCCGCUCGGAUGGAAGCCUCGGAAGUUCCCCCUUCGAGCCCAAGGUCUCCUAGCAGGAAGCGAGAGGCCGACGGCUCGCACCGCAAGGAGAUGACGAUCGCGGGCCUGCCCAUUCUUCACGAGUGGCGUGUGGAGCCCGACCUUUUGACCACCGUCCUGGCCGCGACCUACGACGAAAGGACAGGAGAGCUUCUAGAUGAGGAAGAUGACAUCAGCUACCAGGAGGCCAGGAGCAAGGGCCUUAGGCUGGUGAAGUCGCGGUGGGUGGACACCGCCAAGGAGAUCAACGGCAAGCCCGGCGAGGUGAACACCUACAAGCGGGAGGAUGUGUCAAUGGGCACUCCCCCUUUGAGGGUGCACCGUGCGGUGAUGUCGCACGCAGCGACCGCGAAGCCAGGACAGAAGGUGAGCAAGAAGCUGGUGGCGCGGUACGAUGUGAGCGUGGCAUUUUUCCACGCUGAGAACAGCGAAAGAAUCGGCGUGAUUCCGCCGACUUCGGAAGGCACUCCUGAUAUCAUGUGGGAGUUGCGCAAGGCGAUGAAUGGAACGCGGGAGGCAUCCCGCCAAUGGGGUGAGAAGAUCAGGAAGGUGAAGAAAAGCAAUGGGUAUGAUGAGCUACUCCUAUGCCCCAACACCUACUACUUUGGUGCCGGUGACGUGGCGCUCUCGUGCCACGGAGAUGACUUCUUGGCAAGUGGUGAGGCGACUGAGCUGGAUCGCCUAGAUGAGAUCAUCAUGAAGAACUACGAAGUGAAAGUGUUGCCUCGCAUCGGGGACCCGAACCAUGGAGGGACAGGUAGGCACCUUGGUCGUGUGAUCACGUGGACAGGCUCUGGGUUCACUUGGGAAGCGGACCCGAAGUACCUGAACAGGUUGUGGAGGAGCUGA